GGAGCCUCUGUGCACUAGCAGGCUGCUAUGCAGGCCACAAGGAAGGCUUCAGCUGACAGGACAGGCAUGCAGACCUCAAGAGGGGCCUUGGCCAGCAGACAUUCCCUUGAAGGGCAGGGUGAAUUGCAUGGAUGGCUCAUGGAGGCAGAAGAGGAGGCCUUGGCCAGGCCUGGGCAGCAUCAGCCUCUGGCAGCAACAGCAAGGUGUUGGCCAUUCCACUUGCCCACAAGAACAGCCACCAUCAGUCCCCAGGGGAUGACCAGAGGCCGGACCACAGGCCACAAAAAGAAGGCUACCCCACCUACAGUUGCAGACCAUGUGGGGCUCCAGAGAGCUGCUCGUAGCAUGGUUUCUAGUCUUGGCAGCAGGUACUACUGAGCAUGUCUACAGACCCAGGUGAGCAAGGGCUUGGGCCUUGGGGUACUGGGGUCCCAGAGGCCCUUAGCUCUGCCCACAGCAGGCCCCCACACUUGGGAGAGAAGCUCCAUGUUUCUACAUACCUGGGCUGGACGAGUCCUGCCUCUAGACCACUAGCUGAUCCCACCCCCUGUAGCCGUAGAGUGUGUACUAUGGGGGUUUCCGGAGCCUCCGUCUCAGAGACCUUUGUGCAGCGUGUAUACCAGCCUUACCUCACCACUUGUGACGGACACAGAACCUGCAGCACUUACCGAACCAUCUACCGGACUGCCUAUCGCCGUAGCCCUGGGCUGACUCCCACCAGGCCUCACUAUGCCUGCUGCCCUGGUUGGAAGAGGACCAGCGGGCUCCCUGGGGCUUGUGGAGCAGCAGUAUGCCAGCCUCCAUGUGGGAAUGGAGGGAGUUGCGUCCGCCCAGGCCAAUGCCGGUGCCCCGUAGGAUGGCAGGGAGAUACUUGCCAGACAGAUGUGGAUGAAUGCAGUACAGGAGAGGCCAGUUGUCCCCAGCGCUGUGUCAAUACUGUGGGAAGUUACUGGUGCCAGUGUUGGGAGGGGCAGAGCCCAUCUGCAGAUGGGAGGCUCUGCCUGUCUAAGGAGCGGCCCUCCCCGGUGGCCCCAAACCCCACAGCAGGAGUGGACAGCAUGGUGAGAGAGGAGGUGUACAGGCUGCAGGCCCGGGUUGAUGUGCUAGAACAGAAACUGCAGUUGGUGCUGGCCCCACUGCACAGCCUGGCCUCUCGGUCCACAGAGCAUGGGUUACAAGAUCCUGGCAGCUUGCUGGCCCACUCCUUCCAGCAGCUGGACCGAAUUGAUUCACUGAGUGAGCAAGUCUCCUUCUUGGAGGAACAGCUGGGAUCCUGCUCUUGCAAAAAAGAUCUGUGAUAGCAUCUCACCGCCCAGGAUGGAUUGAGCUGUCACCCCUAGAUCCCUUCUAGCCAUAGUUCUGGUGCUGUUUGUCUGGUAGUGCUUGUGAGCAGAAGGCCCUGCUUGUUUGCCCCUUUCUUUUUCUUUCUUCCUUCCUUCCUUUCUUUCUUUUUUUUUUGGGGGGGGGGGACAGGGUUUCUCUGUAUAGCCUUGGCUGUCCUGGAACUCACUCGGUAGUCCAGUUGCCCCUCUUUCUUAAGAGGUUCCCAGGACUAGGGCAUGGGGAGUGGGGUCUUGUGACUCUUCAGUGGGGCUUCCAGGAAAGGUAUGAGAGCUCCCUGUCUAAGAGGUAAGGUGGAGACUGUCUCCAUCUUUGUCAUAAUAAAGCUGGGACUUGA